CGGUCUGCUCUGGUAAAACUGCAUUCUUGUUCUGCGGCUGUUAUUUCUCCUUACAAGCCUAUUUAAUAAUAAUUUUUUAAAAAGUUGAUGUAGGAGCGAAUUAUGGUACAGCUUAGUAAAAUAAAACCGGGACAAACCCAAAGACAGAAAGUGCGAAGUCAUCUUUUAUUCUGUAACUCAUUGUUAUGGUAACUCCCCCGGUGUCUCGUGGGUUUGCGCAGAUCACGAACCGUCACGAGUAUCAUCGGUACUUCCGCGUUCGUCUCAUCAUGAUCCCCAAAUUAAACCUCUGCUGUUUUAUUCUCUCUUUUGUGUUUAUAUGCUUGUCUGCGCAAUAUGUCCCACCGUACACAGAAGAGUGCCGAAGUGGCAUGUAUCCUCCAAACGGCCCAACAUUUAAAGGGGAUGUGUCCUGGUAUACUGUUAAUCUGGAUUUACCACCAAGCAAAAGAUGGACAGAUGUCAUUACAGACAAAAAGAACGAUAUGGUGAGCAUGAUUCAGGCUAUCAGAGAUCUAGCAGAUGCAUUUGUUCCCAGUGGAAAGCUCAUCGAUCUAGUAGAUAAGGAUUUGCCCUUGAUGGUGGACACCCUGCCUUACCCGUUCAAUGAGGAGAUCAGAGGAAUCGCAUCAGCGUCUGGUGUUUCUUUGGGUGAGGUGGUGCUCUUCAACAUAUUUUAUGAGGUGUUCACCGUGUGCACGUCUCUGGUUGCAGAGGAUGUCAAUGGCAAUCUCAUCCAUGCAAGGAACCUGGACUUUGGACUUUUCAUGGGGUGA